GCAGGUGCGCGGGCGCGGCGCGCCGUGAUUGGCGGGCGCGGGGGCGGGUCGGGCCGUGAUUGGCAGGUGCGCGGGGGCGGGGCCGCACCCGGAAGGGCCGCGGCGCAACAGGCGUCCGGCGGGGCCUGCGGCGGCGGCGCCAUGGACAAGCUCAAGAAGGUGCUGAGCGGCCAGGACACGGAGGACCGCGGCGCGCUGGCCGAGGUGGUGGACGCGUCCACCCUGAGCUGGGGCACCCGGAUCAAAGGCUUCGCCGCCUGCUUCGUGGCCGGCGUCCUGUGCUCCCUCCUGGGGACACUGCUGCUCUGGCUGCCCCGGAAGGGCCUGACGCUCUUCGCCGUGUUCUACACCUUUGGGAACAUGGCGUCCAUUGGCAGCACCGUGUUCCUCAUGGGGCCCAUGAAGCAGCUGAAGCGGAUGUUCGAGCCCACUCGACUGGUGGCCACGAUCCUGGUGCUGCUGUGCUUCGCGCUCACCCUAUGCUCGGCCUUCUGGUGGCACAACAAGGGGCUGGCGCUCAUCUUCUGCAUCCUGCAAUCCCUGGCGCUGACGUGGUACAGCCUCUCCUUCAUCCCCUACGCCAGGGACGCCGUGAAGAAGUGCUUCGCCGCGUGCCUUGAGUGACCGGUGGUCAGCGGUGCAGCCGACUCUUGUAAAUAUCCUGUUCUUCAGACACGUGCCUUUGCCUGCACCGUGGGGCGGGUUUGCUUUCGGAGGUGCCCACUGGGGGUCCCGGCCCUGGUGUGUGCCAGCCAGGAAGAGGGACGUGCCUUGGGUCUUGGGGGGUGUGGGGGAGGCCCAUUCGCGUCCAUCCGGCUCUCCUCCCCGGUAAAAGCCCUACUGAGGCAGGUGAGGGAAUCCUGGUGGGCCUCCUGGAGGUGGCGGGGGCAUAGCAGUAGGGCAGAGCGGGCUCAGCCGGGCAGAUGAACCUCAGCCCUGCUCUGAAGGUCAGAGGUCGCUCUUUCCUCCCGGGCUUCCGCUCCCUCCCUCUCCCGCUGGGCCGGGUGUGGACGGGCGGGCCCAACACCUCUCGCUUCCCUCUGGCCAGCCGCCCAGCCUCUGGGGCGCCCGGUGGCGCUUUUUCCUUUUCUUUUCAUUAUUUAUAAAUAUUUGUUUCUCCGCCAGCUCUGUUUUCCGCUGCCCUGGCAGGGGUGGGGAGGGCGGGCGAGGGGCGCGGCCAGACCGCCAGCACUGGGUGCCCCGCCCUCUUGGCUGUGACCUUACCCCCCCCACCCCCAGCCACUGAGCAGCCCGUGGUGCCUGGUCUCACCAGUAGGGGGCGCUGCCUCCCCACGCGGAAGCGGCUUCACUUUCUUUUUCUUUUUUUUUUUCCCCCCUUUUCUUUUUUAGUUUUUGCUUUUUGGGUCCCACCCGGCGAUGCUCAGGGCCGACUCCUGGCUCUGCGCUCAGGAAUCACUCCUGGCGGUGCUCAGGGGGCCCUAGGGGAUGCCGGAGAUCGAACCCGGGUCGGCCGCGUGCCAGGCCAGUACCCUCCCCGCUGUGCUGUUGCUCUGUUCCCCUCCUCUGCGUUCUCCUGGCCCUGUGGCCCCCCAGCCCCCCGGGCAGGGACGGCUCCGCAGGGCCGUGCAGGCCAUGAAGAUGACCCCGCCUUCCAGAAACUUCUAGACUCCCAACUUUUCCCCUCUUAGCCUUUGCCGCCUCCCUGCGUGAUUGCAUUGGCGGGACCGUAGGCGAGAGACACCCCGUGAUUCUGACGUCUGCCCCAAGCCACGGGGCUGCUCCCGGGUCACCCAGGAGAGGUUGAAUCGGUGCCCUCUGACCCCAGUCGGUGCAUUGUGGCGGGGAGACCGUUGCCUGAAGCUCGGUCGGGGCACGGUGGCACCUCUCAGCGCCUGAGCCCCUGGCCCCGGGCCCGGCCCUCAGAUGCUGGGUCAGGAGCCGAAUCCCCCUCCUGAUGUUUGCACGAGCCCCUCUUCCCUUCCCCCGUCCCCGAGAGGGUUCUCUUGCUUUUUUUUUUUUUUUCCCUGGGUCCCACCUGGCGAUGCUCAGGGCUGACUCCUGGCUCUGCACUCAGGAAUCACUCCUGGCAGUGCUCGGGGGACCCUAUGGGAUGCCGGGAAUCGAACCUGGGUCGACUGCGUGCCGUGCUGGGCCAAACCCCUUCCCGCUGUGCUUGCUCUGGCUCCAGCCUCUCUCUUGCCUUUUUUUUUUUUUUUUUUGCUUUUUGGGUCACACCUGGCGAUGCACAGGGGUUACUCCUGGCUCUGCACUCAGGAAUCACUCCUGGCGGUGCUCAGGGGACCCUAUGGGAUGCUGGGAAUCAAACCCGGGUCGUGCAAGGCAAACGCCCUACCCGCUGUGCUAUUGCUCCAGCCCCCUUGUCUUUUGUUUUGGUUUUUAAAAAAUAACCUCCUGGAGAGGUCAAACUAAAGAUCCUCCUCCCAGGGCUGAAUUUUCUGCUUCUGUCAAUUCUGGUUGUGACCCUGGGGAUGAGGAGGCCAGAGUGCUGGGUUUGGGGGUAGGGGGGCGUGGGGGGGGUGUCUGUGUCCUGAGAAACAGGUGCGGGUUAGAAUGGAAGCGGGCUUUGUGCAAAUCCAGGGUGAUUUGUGUACAGAUGCUGGACCAGCAGAGUGUUGCUGAGUCCAGAAAUGGGUUUUUGGGGUUGCCCGAAGUAUGUUCUUCCUACAUUGGAAUACCUCUUUCAUACAAAUACUGCCGCUUUUGUACUGACUCGGAGAAAAGUAAUUUUGCUGUUAAUCAUGCUAUUUCCUCCCUCCCUGAGAUAUCACAAAUCAUGAUAUUCUUCCCAUUGUCUUUUAAAUAAAAGCAUUGUAAUCUUUUAUAAA